AUGUACCGCGAUGGCUUGAUCUACCGUGGCCCGCGGAUCGUCAACUGGGACCCGGUGCUGCAAACCACGGUGUCGGAUGACGAGGUCUACCACGUCGAUCGCGAAGCCAAGUUCUACACCAUGCGCUACGGCCCAUUCCUGGUCGGCACCAGCCGGCCCGAGACCAAGCUCGGCGAUACCGCGGUAGCGGUUCACCCCGACGACGAACGCUGGCAGAAGUACGUCGGCAAGACCUUCGAGGUGCCGUGGCCCAAGGGACCGACGAUCACCGUCCGGGUGGUCGCCGACGAAGAGGUCGACCCGGAGCUCGGCACCGGUGCCCUCGGCGUGACGCCCGCCCACAGCCAGGUCGACUUCGACAUCGCCGAACGCCAUGGCCUGCCGUUGGUGCAGGUGAUCGGCGAGGACGGCCGCAUGACCGCCGCCGCUGCCUUCGUCGCCGAGCUCGAAUCCGCCGGCCUAAUGGCGGAGGUGCGCGACUACACCCAGCCCCUGGCCCUGUGCUACCGCUCCAAGCAGCCGAUCGAACCGCUGCCCAAAGAGCAGUGGUUCAUCGAUGUCGAGCGCCCGGCGGUGCCCUGGAAGGGCCAGACCCUGAGCCUCAAGCAGGUGCUGCACGACGCCGUGGACUCGGGCGAUAUUCGGCUGGUGCCGGACCAUCAGGAGAAGACCUACUUCCACUGGAUCGACAACCUGCGCGAUUGGUGCAUCUCACGGCAGAUCUGGUGGGGCCACCGGGUUCCGGUCUGGUAUCGCCCGGGUGACGAUCUCCAGAUCGGCAAUCAAGCUCCGGCGGGCGAAGGUUGGGAGCAGGACCCGGACACCCUCGACACCUGGUUCUCUUCGGCGUUGUGGACCUUCUCGACUCUGCUCGAUCCCGAGCUUGCCACCGACCCAGAGCUCGAUCUCGGCGAGCUGCUGGCCCAGAGCCCGGACUUCCGCAAGUUCCACCCCACUUCGGUAAUGGAGACCGGCUACGACAUCCUCUUCUUCUGGGUGGCGAGGAUGAUCCUGAUGACCACCUACACCACCGGUGAGGUGCCUUUCGAGACCGUCUAUCUGCACGGCCUGAUCCUCGACCGUGACGGCGACAAGAUGUCGAAGUCGAAGCCCGAGACUUGCAUCGAUCCGCUGGACACGAUCGCCGAGAGCGGUUGCGACAGCUUGCGCCUGGCGCUGGUGAUCGGCAACGCUCCGGGCCAGGAUCUCAAGCUCACCGAGGAGCGCAUCGUCGGCUGCAAGCGACUGGUCAACAAAAUCUGGAAUGCCGCCAAACUGGUCGAGCGUGCGGCGGCUGGCCGAGCCCGCACCGAGGCUUCGCUCGAGCAGGUCGAGCAUCCGGUGAAUCGCUGGAUGCUGGCCGAGUUGCGCCAGCUGGUGGAAACCGCCGACCGCCGACUGGCGGCCUACCAAUUCGGCGACGCCGCCGAGCACAUUCGCAGCUCGUUUUGGAGCACCUUCUGCGACUUCUACUUGGAAGCGAUCAAGGCCGAGUCCCUGGCCGGGAUGGACGAGACCGCCGAGGUGCUAUUCGAGACCUACACCACCUACUUGAAGCUAUUUCAUCCCUACAUGCCAUUCGUCACCGAAAAGCUCUGGCAAGAACUCGGCGGCGAGGGCUUGCUGAUCAGCACUCCCUGGCCACGGCCGAACCCGGCCCACGACUUCGCCGAAGAAGCCGCUGGCAUCGGUGCCGCGCUACGCUUGGUGGCCGAGGUGCGCCGAAUUCGCGCCGAGCAAGGCAUCCAACCCUCGGUGAAAAUCGACCUCGACGUGCGCGUCAAGGAGCACGCCGAGACCUUCGAAGCCUGCCGCGAGAUCAUCGCCCGGCAAGUACGCGCUGAGCACCUCGAGCUGGGCCCGGAGGUAGAGCUGACCAGCGAAGGCGGUGCCGGCGCCGUCGACGCCGCGUUCGAAUUGGCGGUCAGCCUGGGCCAGACCGACCGCGACGCCGAGCGCCAGCGGCUCGAGAAGCAGCUCGAGCAGGCCCGCAAUCAUCUGACCGGGGUAGAACAACGGCUCGCCAACGAGCAGUUCGUCACCCGCGCCAAUCCCGCGGCUGUCGCCGGCGCCCGCGCUCAGGCCAAGAAAUUGCAGACCACCAUCGCGGCAUUGACCGAACGGCUCGGCUAG